UGGCGGGCGUCGCGAGGCAGCUUUAACGGCCGCCGGUGGCGCGCGCCUCCUCUUCACCCUCCCCCCCCCCCCCCCCCUCCCCGAGCACCGCCCGCCUCCCGGAGCGGCCACCCCCGUAAGACGGGAACCGGAGCGGCCCCGCCGCGGGAAAGGAGGGGGGGGGGAACCGGGAGCGGCCCACGUGAUGGGCCGGUGCAGCCAAUGAAGACGGCAGGAGGUUGCGCGUGGUAGGCGAAGGCCGCGGGAAGCCGCGAGCGGGGCGCGUGGGCCAGGGCGUUGCUCGGUGCCCCGCAGCCGCGUGAAGCACGGCGGCGGGAGACAGAAUGCUGAACACACAUACAAGAUUACCAGAACUGUGUAGAAUUUGCAUUUGGUUUGAGAGCUUGUAAGAGUGCUCAUCAUGGAGAAACAGCAGAUUGUCUUGGGUAGCCGUGAUGGUGGGACUGUUUCUGGUGCAGCGCCUGCUUUUUUUGUCAUCUUGAAACAACAGCAGGGAAAUGGUAAAGCUGACCAAGGAGUACUUGUAGCAAACCGUGAUGCUUGUGCUCUCGCCAGCAGCGUAUCGACUCCAAUAAAAUCCAAAGUCAAGACCUGCCUCCCAGCUGACUGUGUCUCAGGGGGCAUUACCGUCACCCUAGAUAACAACAGCAUGUGGAACGAAUUCUACCAUCGCAACACGGAGAUGAUUCUGACGAAGCAGGGGAGGCGCAUGUUCCCGUACUGCCGAUACUGGAUUACAGGUCUGGAUGCCAGUCAGAGGUACAUCCUAGUCAUGGACAUAUCCCCUGUGGACAAUCACCGAUACAAGUGGAAUGGCCGUUGGUGGGAGCCCAGUGGGAAGGCAGAACCGCACGUUCUCGGGCGAGUGUUUAUCCAUCCAGCAUCCCCUUCCACUGGCCAGUACUGGAUGCAUCAGCCAGUGUCCUUCUACAAACUCAAACUUACCAACAAUACCCUGGACCAGGAGGGUCAUAUAAUCUUGCAUUCUAUGCACCGUUAUCUGCCACGACUUCACUUGGUGCCUGCAGACAAAGCCACAGGAGUCAUUCAGCUCAAUGGCCCUGAUGUCCAUACGUUUACGUUUCCACAGACAGAGUUCUUCGCAGUUACAGCCUACCAGAACAUCCAGAUUACCCAGCUGAAAAUAGAUUACAAUCCUUUUGCUAAAGGAUUCAGAGGUGACGGGUUGAAUAGUCGACCUCAGCAUGAUGUGAAACAAAACAGUAACUUAGAAUUGGAAGGUGAUGUUUUUAGCGCUGCUAACGUUCGUGGUCGCUCUACUGAAGUUGAUGCAUUAGAUUUGCAUCAGAGAAGUUUAGAUUCUUCAUUCAUUGGUCAAAACCCAUCAGACAUUGAUCUGGAAAAAGAGUCCUUUAAUGCAGAAAGGGACUUACUGGGUUUCCUUAGCACUGACCUGUCUUUGGGUGAUAUGCCAAAGCUAAAACAAGAAGUCUCUGAAAGUCCCAUUGCUAGUAGUUACGAAAGCAGUUCCCGUGUGGCAUCCCCACUGGACCCAAAUGGACAAUUUAACGUAGUCAUUAAGGAGGAACCAGUAGAUGACUAUGACUACGAGUCAAGUAUUUGCACACAAGGAGUAAGUGUGAAACAAGAAGAGACAGAUGAAGAAACUGAUGAGUAUUCCAACACUGAUGAUGAUGAUCCCAUCCUACAGAAACACCUGAUGAGACGCAGUGAAACUGAUGGAAUUGAUGGAGAGUUCAGGUCUAGGAAGCGUGUGCUAACCAGUCCUUCGGGUGUUGCCAAAGCAAAAAUGUUAAAACUGGAUGGUGGGAAGAUGCCUGUGGUCUAUCUGGAACCUUGUGCAGUCACAAAGAGCACAGUGAAGAUAUCUGAGCUGCCGCAGACCAUGCUCUCAUCUUGCAAGAAGGAUAAAUCCUCUUUGAGUGCAAUACUGGAUUCCUUGCCUGUGUGUUUUGAAAAUCACAAAGGCUCUUGCUCAGGCGCAGCCACUGUAACUGAGGAGUUAGUUAUCAAAAAACAAUCUUCUGGGAGUAGAAUGUCACAGAAAUACCCUUCGAUCAGAGAGGCCCAGUGGGCUCUAUCUAAAUCACCUAAUUUUAAUCUCAGGGGCUCUGUAAGUUGUCACUUUUCAGCUAAAGAGAUCUGUGGAAGAAAAAGGCCUGGCAUACUGAAGAGUCCUGCAUCCCUGAAAGGCGCUGGUAGCAAUCAAAACACCCUAUCAUCAGUGACAACUAAAAGAGGAAGGCCACGGAAACUGAAAAUUUCCAAGGCUGGUCGACCACCUAAAGGUAUAGGGAAAACUGUAAUAACAGGCAAGAAUGCUUCUCUGGGGCCUGGGAAUAUUCUUCCAGAUGUUAAGCCGGACCUUGAAGAUGUUGAUGGAGUCCUCUUUGUGUCCUUUGCAUCAAAGGAAGCUCUUGAUAUUCACACUGUUGAUAGAACUGGAGGAGAAGAGUCCCAGAAUCCUCAGGCCCCCUUGUUGACUACAAAUGAUCCAGAUUGUCAAGCAAGAAUACAAGUACUGGAAAAGGAAUUGAUGGAAGAGCUGAAGACCUUGAGGCAUAAGCAAGUUAUACAUCCUAGCCUUCAGGAAGUGGGACUGAAGUUGAAUUCUGUGGACCCAACAAUGAGCAUUGACUUGAAAUACUUGGGUGUGCAGCUUCCUCUUUCCUACUCAAACUACUCUUUGUGGAGCUAUCCAGGAGCCAAUCCCAAUUCUCCAGAUACCGGAUUUCCUUUUGUUUCCAGGACAGGAAAGACAAAUGAUUUCACAAAAAUCAAAGGUUGGCGAGGGAAGCUUCAUGGUGCUUCUAGAAAUGAAGGUGGCAGUUCCGAAGGUUCUUUGAAGAAUCGCUCAGCAUUCUGUAGUGACAAGCUGGAUGAGUACCUGGAAAAUGAAGGGAAGUUGAUGGAAACGAGUAUGGGAUUCUCUUCUAGCACUCCCACUUCUCCUGUGGUGUAUCAGCUUCCCACUAAGAGCACUAGCUAUGUGCGAACACUUGACAGUGUUUUAAAGAAGCAGUCCACCAUAAUUCCAUCAACAUCUUACACGUUCAAGCCUGUUCCUCUGUCAGCUACCUCUAGGAAGACAAGGACUCAAAACAGACAGACAUCUACAAACAGUAGAGUAAAAUCAUCUUACAAGCCUAUACUGCCUUCACCUUUUUCUGGAAAGCAGAAACAGAACUCUUCAGCAGUAGGGGAAAAGGCUGCUAAGUCAGUCUCAAAUAACAGUUUGGCUAACCAAGCAGAUAGUUUUGUGGUGCCAGCUCUGGAUGAAAGCAUACUUCCAAAACAGAUUAGUUUGCGCCAAGCACCACAACAGCAACAAGCAGCUCGUCCACCAGGUUUGUCUAAAUCUCAAGUGAAGUUAAUGGACUUGGAAGACUGUGCUCUCUGGGAUGGCAAACCACGGACCUAUAUUACGGAAGAACGGGCAGACAUCUCUCUGGCAACCCUGCUCACAGCUCAGGCUUCUCUCAAAAACAAACCUAUCCACAAAAUAAUAAGACGACGAGCACCUCCUUGUAAUAAUGAUUUCUGUCGACUGGGGUGCGUAUGUGCCAGUCUAGCACUGGAGAAGCGUCAGCCUACCCACUGCCGCAGACCGGACUGUAUGUUUGGUUGUACUUGCUUGAAGAGAAGAGUGUUGCUGGUGAAGGGGGGAUCAAAACAUAAGAAAAUAAUGAAAAAGGCUGUACGUGGAAAUCUCGUGUUCUAUGGAACACAAGAAGAUCAGCAAGAGGAUGAAGAUAUAGAAGAGGAGGGUGAUGGGGAGGAAGACGAGCUGAAGCAGAAAGAUAAGAAGAAGAGAAAAAGGGUAGAAUACACUAUCUGUGACUCGGAGCCGGAACAGCCUAUUAAGAAUUGUCCAUUGUGGGUGAAAGUAGAAGGUGAAAUAGAUCCAGAGCCAAUUUACAUCCCGACACCAUCUGUUAUUGAACCAGUUAAAUCUGCAGUACUGCCCAACCCUGAAGUCUUGCCUUCUAGUAAGCACAGAUCUUCCAGUGGAAUGAAACAAGGCAGAGUGUACACUCCUAAACCCAAUCCAGUGAUUCGAGAGGAGGACAAAGAUCCUGUCUACUUGUACUUUGAAAGUAUGAUGACUUGUGCAAGGGUACGAGCAUAUGAACGCAGGAGAGAGGAGAAAAAGCAACAAAAAGACAAAAGCGAUUCGCAGAGUUCUAGCAUAAAGGAGCAUGAACCAGAGCUUCAGUCUCCUGAGAAAGCAACCUGUGAGGUAGACAAAGACGCUGAUAAAUCAGGAGAGAAAAGCUGGUGGUCUUCCCGUAGUGAGGGGGACUCUUCCUCCACCUCCUAUGUUCAUCACACCACUCCAGGUGGACCAACCAAGCUUAUCGAGAUUAUCUCUGACUGCAACUGGGAGGAAGAUCACAGUAAGAUCUUGACCAUCUUACCACAACAUAUCAACAGUAACGCGCCACAGUGCCUCAAAGUGGGUAGCUUCGUUAUUGAAUUGGCUUCAGAACGCAAAGCCGAGGAUGAGAAGGACCCUCCCAUCUACUCCUCCAGAGUGAAAAUUUCAGUGCCGUCCUACCAGGACAAGGAUGAGAAGCCUGAGAUACCUGUCUUGGAUACUCCUGAUAGCAGAGUGCUGUCACGCAAAAACCCAGAAAAUCUAAAGUUCUUGCGGGCAGACACAUUGGACAAACUGCAGAAGUUGCAUGGGGGCAAAGGCUUGCCUUUUUAUGCAGGGGUUUCUCCUGCAGGAAAGCUGGUCGUCUACAAACGCAAAGCUAAUAUGAGCCCCUCAGGCUUGAUUCAGGUUAAUGAUAAAAGGUAUCCUCAGGCCAAACUGCUUUUGGGACAGAUGGGGGCAUUACAUCCCACCAGUCGGCUAGCAGCUUAUAUCACAGGCAGGCUGCAACCCACAGUACUUGAUUUCUCAACCCUCAGUACUGUGAUCUCCAAGGUAGCAUCCAGUGCUAAAGCACCUGCUUCUGGGACACCAUCAGUCCAGGUGCCCACAACAUCAACUCCCAAAACUACAUCUUCCACCAGCACUACUUCAACCCCCUCUGUGACGACUCUGAAAACCCAUGUCCCAGCACAGAGACAGAUAGCUGCCCGACACUCCCCUGGUGGUGUGUUCACACAGUUUGUGAUGAACAAAGCCGGAGCUCUACAGCAGAAGAUUCCUGGAGCGAGCACACGCCAGCCUCCCUCAGGGCCACAGAAGUUCAGUGUCAAGCCUACACCGAUAAUGGUUGUCGCUCCUGUGGUUCCCUUGAGGCAAUCUCCAGCUCAAUGCACAGUCUGUCCUGGGGUCACUACAGCCACCACCACUUCUCCAGUUACUGUGGAAAGUACCAAUGUGGCAGCAUCUACUGUGACCACUCCUAGCCAGACAAGAGCUAAUGAACCUGCCUGCUCUCCUCCUGCAGUUAAAGUCACAGCUCCUCCUGCAACAUCUGGAACCAACACCUGUACUACUACUCCCUCGUCCACCACUCCUGCUUCCACUGUGAACAUAACGAAAGCAGCGGGGAUUGUUGCGCCAGUAGCAACCAUGUCAUUCCCUAAAACUGUAGUAACAACACCAACUGUUACUUGUCCCGUUGUCACAACAUCCACUUCUACAGUUGUACUAACAACUGCAACAGCUACAUCUGUGGUGACCAGGCCAACUUCCUCUGCUGGCUCCCUUCCCAUUAUACUAUCAGGAGUUAAUACAAGUCCUGCACUGAAUCCAAAGAGAGAAGAUGUGACUCCACAAGCUAUAAAUAAGCCUCCCCAGAAGAUGCCUCCUGGAACAGAGAAACGCAUAGGACCUCGGUUGUUGCUGAUUCCAGUGCAUCAGACGUCUCCUGCUUUGCGACCGCUAAACAACAUGCAGCUUGCUCAGAGGCAGAGGAUGAUCCUUCAGCCUCUCAGGAGCCCUGGUGGUGUGAACCUGUUCCGGCAUCCUAAUGGACAGAUAAUUCAGCUUGUCCCUCUGCAUCAGUUUCGAGCUGCAGGUACCCAGCCGAGUGUGCAGCCAGUGAUGUUCCGCAAUCCAGGAUCUGUUGUAGGAAUCCGGUUGCCUGCACCUUCUAAGCCUCCUGAGCCUCCUGCGUCUUCCACUUACUCUGUGUCUUCCGCUUCUGCUGCAAAUUCAGCUGUACAGACUGCAGUACCCAAGUUAUCCCCUACGUCUAACCUAGCCACUCAAGCAUCUUCUCUUCUUCCUUCAGUAACAAGUUUUGUGUCACAGGCAGGCACUCUGACCCUGAGGAUCUCUCCUCCUGCUGCUAGCAGUGUGGCAACUCAGCCAGCCUCUGAGUGUAAAGUAACCUGCAGCUCAGGUGGUCUGCCAGCUACCACUGCUAACCUCAUACCUUUGCAAUCCGGUAGUUUUGCUUUACUUCAGCUCCCAGGACAGAAGACUGUGCCUAACUCCAUUCUUCACCAUUUUGCAUCUCUUCAGAUGAAGAAAGAUUAUAGGAAAAUAUGCAAGAAAGAGGACUCAGGUGCUGCUCAGCAGAAUGAAAAUGGGAAGGCUUCCUGUUCAAAUGACAUUGAAGUUAUAGAGUCUGAGGUCACAGUGUCAGAUAGGAAACAAGAAAAUGAGUUGUCGGUUAACCAGUCAAAUAAUGUUGAAGGGUCAGCACCUGGCACAAUCGCACCUGAUAUAAAUUCUAUGACAUCAGAAAUGGUGGAGAAGGACUCAAAGAUGAUAGAGAACUCUUGUGAUGAUAGCUGCUCUUCUCAGCAUGAUGUUUCUGCAGAUGUCAUAUCAUCUGACCAUUCGUACAUCAGUGAGAAGCCAACUGAUGACGAAGAAAAAGGGGCCUCUGAGGAGAAAGAGGAUUCUGUCAGUUCUGAAGCUGUAGUGGAGGCUGUUUCAGCUAACUCUGAAACUGUCUGUGGGUCACCAGAUCAGCCUCUAGUUGUUCCUGUGGAUAAUGCACAUUCACAGAGUCUCAAGAAUCAGGAGACUGCACGGUUGAAGAAUCAUGGGAAGGAACAAAUACGUGCUGGACAGGAAGAGCAUCUAAUAAAAGAGCAAGAAGGAGAUGCAGAGACACACAUGGAGGACAACAACAAGGCAAGUUCUGGGCAGUCACAGAGUCAACAAAAGCAAGAUACACAGCUGGAGAACAAGAAGGAAUGGAGAGGGACUGAACUGUCUCAGAACAAACGAUGCCAGGUUGAUGCCAUGCAGCCAGAUGUGGGAAGGAAGGACUAUAUGGGCUCUAUAGAAGCAGAAAGCAUAAGAGAAAAAAAAGGAAGUAAGUCUGAAAUCAGUUCUGCAAAAGAGCAGGAUAAUGCUUCAGGAGAAGAGCAUACAGUCAAUACCAAAGAAGGCAAAACAAAUGUAGCUAGGCAGGAAGGCAGUAACAACAAAGAACAAGAGGCUUUUGAUUCUCAGGAAGAAAUGAAAACAGGUCAUGAUAUUGUAACACACGUCAACAGUUCUUGGAGCAAAAUAUCUAGCAUUGUACCCGCUUUAGAAAAUAAAAGUGAGGCGGGUAACAAAGCUGAUACAUCUGAGAAAAGUGACUUUUUGACACCAGAACAGAGGGCACAGGAAGCCAGGCAUCACAAAAAGGGUUAUAUGCCCACUAUUGAUAUAACUGCUGAUGAUAUGGAAGAGGAAGAAGAGGAAGAUGAGGAUGAGGAUGAAGAGGAUGAAAAAACUGAUGAUUCUGCUGAUGAGAUGCUGGAUGGUGCUUCUGACUUCCCAAGUGAAGAGGAAGUAGAUGUUGAAAAAGUGGUAAGUAUUCAGUUCAGAGAAGAAGGAGAUUGCAGCUCCUCAAAAAGAAAGAAAAGAAGGACAAAGAGAAGGAAGGAAAGACAGAAGAGAAGAAUAGGAGGAGGACAAGAUUGGGAUGCGUGUGAAUACAGUGAGGAUGACGAGCAGGUGGACAUUGAGACCGUGGAGGAGCUUUCAGAGAAGAUUAACAUUGCCCGUCUGAAGGCCACAGCUGCUAAUAUCCGACCUUCCAAACAGAAAUACCAUGCUCGUAAUUCUUCGGAUGAAAAAUUAUCAGAAAAACCUACGAAGCAGAAACCUCGAUUCUGGAACAGAAAGCUGAAGACUGAGGCAGAAGCCUUUGCUCAUUACCGCCAGACACACACAGCAAACGAACGCCGGCGACGUAACGAAAUGAGAGAUCUCUUUGAAAAGUUGAAGAGAACUCUGGGAUUACACAGCCUUCCCAAGGUCUCCAAAUGCUACAUUCUCAAGCAAGCCUAUGAAGAAAUCCAAGGAUUGACUGAUCAGGCGGAUAAACUUAUUGGACAGAAGAACUUACUGACACGCAAACAGGCUGUUUUGAUUCGAAAAGUAUCCACACUUUCAGGGAAGACAGAAGAGGUUGUCCUGAAGAAGCUAGAAUACAUUUAUGCCAAACAAAAAGCAGUAGAGGCACAAAAAAAGAAGAAACAGGCUGAGCCAGAGGAAUCUAUUGCAACCUCGACUGCUAGCACACAGGAAGAAGGAUCCUCUCCUGCCAGAGAGCUGGCCCAGGUGGCCAUGACAAACAGAAGAGGCAAACCAUUGAUACUUGCCAGAAAAGGAGGCCGUGCCACAGAGGACACCUCCUCCUCUCUUACGCUCACUGCUGCGAGCCUAGUGAUGACUCCACAGGGGCAGGUGCUGACACUGAAGAGCCCGCUGGUACCAGGGCAGGUAGCAGCUGUUCCUCCCACACUCUUGCAAGCUGAAUUAAAGCCUCGAGCUGUCAAUACUACCAUGACAGCACAGCCAGGUAUUGCUUCUGUGAUGAUUCAGCUGCCAGGAUCAACAGUUCCUGUCCAAGUAAAAGGAAUCCUUACUAACUCUACUAUUCCCAUUACACUGUCAACUGUUGCUGGAAACCCAGUGCCCUCAACAGUAGUGUCAGCUACAGAGCCCAGUUCAGAAAGCGAAGAUUCGUUCAUGAUGCCAAAGAUUGUUAACGUGACAUCACUGGCUGCUGAGGGAAGCAUGAGUCUAACCCUGAACAGAAAUAAAAAUUCUAAUAGAACAACAGCUCUGGGUGCUCAGGCUUCUGAGCAAUCCUUGGCUGCAACACCCCUUGAGAAUAGGAAGAGUGAUAGCAUCCUUUCAGAAGAAAAAGCCAAACCAGGUUCUGGAGACAGUGGUGGAGAUGAAAGAAACACCACAGGUCCUGCGAAAGUUUUCUUUGAAAAUAAAGAUGGCUUUCCGCAGCUCCGGAACGUGUUGUGUACAAAGGAACCUCCCAAGUCCUUUAGCAAAAAGCCCUCUGUUGGUGAGUUUGUAGGAAGCCAAGCCAGGAGGAAAGAUGGUGAUCCUGGAGGGGAAAGAUUAAAAUCUAAAGACUUGCCGUUCCGCAAGCUGCAGAUCAAAGAUUCCAGGAUAGAAAUGGAAUUGAGGAAAGUCGCGUCUGCAAUGGAGGAAGCAGAACUGGAUGCAAAUGAGCUGCUGAGCAGCAUCGAGGAGAGCGAUGACACUGAUGAAACCCUCACCUCACUGCUCAAUGAGAUUGCCUUCCUCAAUCAGCAACUGAACGACGAUGCUUCAGCUAUGUCAGAACUGCCCAGCACUCUCAACUCAGAUUUCUCUCAUGAAGAUGCAGAAGCUCGUCAAGGAACAGCCAGUGAUUUCGCUUCUGCAGAUGGGUCUUCCUUCCAGUUCAGCCAUUUGGGAGGCACUUUUAAGGACCUUUCUGAAGUUCCAGAGGGUGGUGGCUCUAUAAGCCCUCUCCUGCUGCACCUGGAAGACGACGACCUUACUGAUGGGGACAAGAACGCUGGGGAGCCUUCGUCUGAAGCAGAUGUUUUAAAGAUAGUAAUAGGUGCUGAAAUGAAGGAUCCACUUCCCAAUCUGUCUGUAACCAGCGGUGGGAAUGGCAAAAAAGUAACAACCUUGGCCGAGACCACUAGUGUGACUCCACCAGUUUUGCAGAUGAAAACUAGUCCAGAAGUUAGUAAUGCUGAUGCUUUGUGGAGGCCCAUGCCCAAGCUGGCACCGCUUGGCUUAAAAGUGGCGAGUCUGCCGGUAGACUCAGAAGGGCAGAGUAAUAAAGUGAUGCCCUUGCUGGCACCGGUAGUCGCAAAAGUGACACCCAGUGGGGUAAAAACUUCAUUACCUGCAACUGUCCAAGAAGGACAGGAUAACAAGGUGAUGCCCACAUUAGCACCUGUGGUUACAAAACUGAAUACUGCUGGGACCUUGCCUUCAAAUUCAGCAGGCAAAUAAAUGCGUAUAUUUUUAAUGGCAUACUGGAACGGAGAUCUGGAUCAGUGAACCAGUGUUGGAGUUUGGCAGCCUCACUUGUCUGCAACACUCGUUUUCUGUAUGGCAUCAGCACUCUCUUCAUCUGAGGGCAGGCCCCAAAUUGAGAAAUAAGUGCUAUGAAACUUUAAGCAUGUUGACAUAUUUUUACCUCAAUAUUGUAUUCUGGGUGUUCUCCUUCCCCUUCACAAAACAAGGAAGAUGAUCUGUAACCAUUGCUGGGCACAUGGUAUCCUUCCAAAACUGGGUCCUUCACAGAAAGAGUUUGUUGAAGGACUGAGAAACCUAGGCUAUUGAAAGAGAUUUCCCCCCUGCCCGUCCCCCCCCUUCUCCCCCAGUAGGGAGGCAGCUCUCUGGUGGGGAAAACCAGUCGGGAUUACUUGUUUUUGUACCAGGCAAAUUAUCUAUGCAGAAAUGGGAUUGUUCACAAUUGCUGUUUUUAGUGUUUGCAGGAUAUGAUGAAUGUGCAGAAAUGACAUUGCAGUUACUCUCCAACUUGUUACCUAGAGCAGCAGAAGGAAAAUAGAGACUGUGCACAGGGGCUGAAGUGAAAGGAUUUUGUUCUUUGGUGCUAGGUAGUUCUCUGGCAGAGACUCUUUAGGAGCUUAUGCACAGAAGAUUUCCAUAAACAUCUGUAACUCUCACUACAUGGGGAAGAAAAUUAUAUUUCCGAGUGUAAUGAGAAGGAGGACAGCAUGUUAACUUUAAUAAAACUACUAAAAAAAGAAAAUCCCCAUCACUUUUGCCUCCUGCCCGAUGCAGAUACUCCCUCCUCUGGUGCUUGGGGCAUUCAGAAGGAAAAAUUACAGAGAGUAGAAAGAAACAUGGGCACCCUGUUGCUACAUCUUUAAAUACAUUGCCGAAGUAGCUCGAGUGUUUUCCCAGUUCCCGUUUGCUUUCCUCCUGUCGUUCUUCAAGAUGUAUUUGGUGGUUAGGAAUGUUAAUAGGAAGGGUCGCUUCAUAAAAAUACGGAAUGUUUUCAGGUCUGUAGCCUACCAUAAAUGAGCGAGGUGUAUAUGUGAAUGUAUAUAUGAAAAUAUGUGUAUAUCUUUCCAAACCUUCCAUUUCUUUAUAAAUUCAGGAAAGGUACUCAGAGGUUUCUCACUGCAUUUGCACAAGCUGUGUAUAGCAAAAAAAAAAAGUCAAGAAAAAAAUGCUCAUUACCAGGGAAAUAGGGCAGUAUUGAAUCACAAGAUGUAUUUUUUAUUGUUCUCUGCCACUGCUUACUCAAUAACCUGUAGAGACGCUUCACUGUUCAGCUGGUGGAUGUGAAGGGCCUACAGACUGUAAAGAUAUUUAUAUUUUUGUACACAAUUUUUGUUUUCAUAAUUUUCUUGACAAAUGAAAUUUUCAGCCUAGGAGAGAUGAUUUGUUAAUGAGUGUAUACACAAUCUUUUCCUAUCAAGUUUGUAAAUAUGAGUUGUGGUGCGCUUGAGGGGCUUCUGAACUGCUCCAUAAAGGUCAAAAACUUUGGCAUGAAAACUAGACAGAAUUUGGUGGUGCAUUUCACUUUAUGUUUUAGGAACAUAGUCCCGUUUUACUGUUUCAGCAACAGCAGCUGGGAUUCCCCCCCCCGCCCCCAAUUCCCUUUCUUUGGUGAUGCAGUAAUGCAGGAUUUUCAUCUUUCCACAACACCAGGCUUUGCAGGUGUUGAGGGCGAUGUUCUUCCGUGGUUCGGGAGCAGCGUGCGGGCAGAGUGUGAGCAUCCGCCCUGCUCAGUGAGCUGCAUCUUCUGGAGCUGUGCCUAGGCUAGAACCACCGGGGAUACCCGUACCGCGGCUGUUUCCCCGUCGUCUUUUAUGAUUUUUAUAUCAUGCUGCAGAGGAGAGAAGCCCUUCAAGCUCAGUAUGCAUAAAGUUACUCCAGAGCCUACCUAAAAAUGGCUUUUCACCUGGCCAUUCUAAAUGGAUUGUUUUAAAUCGGUUACACGUAAUUCUUUAUUGCAUCCUGCUUAUUUGCUAUUUUAAUAUUUGAUACAAGUUCUGGGUUGGUGAUUUGGAAGAGAGUAUAGGUCAGCAUGUGAGUCAUGCAGGGUCUCACAGUUGUCACUGAAUGCCUUAGAAAAGGGAAUUUAUGAUAUGAGUAAGCAUUUAGACAUAAGUAUUUUAAACCAGUGGAAAUCUGGAGUAACUAAAUCAGUAGCACUACAUCAGACUUAAAUUUAUUUACCUGGAAAUCUGGUUCUGAGCAUUUCUAAUAGGCUGAAGUUGCUUUUUUUUAUUAUUUUACCCACGGCAGUUUGUUUUGCCAACAGAUUUCCUUCCUCCUGUGCAUGAAACAGCACCCAGAACUGUGCUGCGAUCCUUUUAAAAUUCCUACUCGCUGACCUUUCUUUCUGCACCCUGUCCUUUUAUGGUUCCAAAUGGCUAAUUUUAAUUACAGAAUUGAAUACUAAUCAUAUCGGAAUACUUUUUUUUAAAGUACGGGUGCUUUGCACACUUCUGUGGGACAGAGAAAGCUGUAACGUGAAAACCAUUCAGUGAUUAUCUAAAAUAAGUGCUGUAAUUUUGAGGAUGUUUUGUCCAUUAUCAAGGUAAUGGAAAAUACCUGGAUGUGUUUUCUGUUUGGCACCAGGCAGGAAGGAAUCUUGCUGCAGUGAAAAUGUGCUGCAUAAAGGUGACAGCAAAAAAUUUUUUUGGUUCCUGAACGUGAUUAUUAAAUUAACGAGGAACAGAGCCCAGAUUUGGCUGCAGAAAAUGGUAGUUGGUGUGCAGUUCCAGGGAGGAUCCAUGGUGGGUUCUACCAGGCAACAAAGCACGUUUGAAAUGCUCUUAGCUUUUGCUCUCCUUGUUCCGCCGUCUCAUGGCUGCAGCUUAAUACUUUGCGAUGAAUCUAAAUGCUGACUCUCUCUUCUUUGCGCUUCUCCCAAGCUCCCAUUGGUUUGGAACAAACCUUUUAAAGAUUAUGUAUGCUGUCUUUUGAGGCAAUAAUGCAAGAAUAUGACACGUAAUGAAAAGAUUUUAGAAUCAGGAGGACAAAGGAAACCCCUGCAAGGCGCACGCUCUCACUAGACCAAGAGACCCGGAGAUUUUCUUUGUUUUUUAUGCAUCUGUAAAUAGACUGGAAUGUUUUUAAGAAUAUAAUGAAAUGUCAGAUUUAGCUUUUUUCCUUUUAUAUAUUAAAAUAUAUCUUUCCCUCUUUUCUGCUUUUGAAAAAUUGAUAUUUUUGUAGAAAUCUAACAGUACAGGACUCAAAUAACUGUAUGUGAGGACAAAGCAUAAAACUAAAAUAAACCAAUCGAGGUCGACUAGAAA